GCCACAGAUGACGUGGAGCUGCGCUGUAUUUAGGGGCUGCCUCCUCUGCUCCCCGAGACCUGGCGUGAAGACCGCCACCAGGAGCUCUGAACACGCAGGCCCAAAUUGGAAGAAGAGAUGGAUUUUGAUAAAAGAGGUUAAAUAACAGGUUUCUCCAUUUCACCUUAUAUGAACGGGAUGGGGGGUGGGGGUGCCGGGCCUCCAGCCAAUAGAGGACCAAGAGUUGUCAGGAGGGCUUAUAAAGCUUGCUAUUUCUGGCAUUUUUUCUCUUUCUCUGCUGAUUAUGCAGCAGACUCGCACAGAGGCUGUCGCGGGCGCGUUCUCUCGCUGCCUGGGCUUCUGUGGAAUGAGACUCGGGCUCCUUCUACUUGCAAGACACUGGUGCAUUGCAGGUGUGUUUCCGCAGAAGCUUGAUGGUGACAGUGCCUACGUGGGGAUGAGUGACGGAAACCCAGAGCUCCUGUCAACCAGCCAGACCUACAACGGCCAGAGCGAGAACAACGAAGACUAUGAGAUCCCCCCAAUAACACCUCCCAACCUCCCUGAGCCAUCCCUCCUGCACCUGGGGGACCACGAAGCCAGCUACCACUCGCUGUGCCACGGCCUCGCCCCCAACGGUCUGCUCCCUGCCUACUCCUACCAGGCCAUGGACCUCCCAGCCAUCAUGGUGUCCAACAUGCUAGCACAGGACAGCCACCUGCUGUCGGGCCAGCUGCCCACGGUGAGUCCCUGUUACCUGUCAUGGUCCUGCUGGUGACAGCAGGGUGGGGGU